UCUCAGUUGACAGUUCGCGGUAGUCUGUAGUGUUAGCGUUAGGUUGUAGAUAAGGCUUGUACCUUCAUAGAUGUCGAGUUUAUCGCUGUAAAGAUUAGUAUUGAUUUAAUAUUUUAUUUUCCUCAUGUCGGUACUACGACUGUCAUACAUUGCCACUUUCGUUGUUUUGAGGCGUGACAACUCUUAAAGGAUAUUGAAACAUAUCUAUUUAAAUAUUAAAAAUUAAUGGAUAGUGAAAAUAGAGAAGAUACCGCAAAUUUAACAGAUAUGCCACCAGCUGAGAGAACGUCGGAGAGUUCCAGUCUGGUACCACCCAACAACUCCACGAGACCCAGCUAUAUAAAUCUCGCCAGUAACAUUUUUGCUGUGAUAUCUACAGCUAUAAUUACCUACUGUUGUUUUAAAAAUGGUGUUUCCCUUUUUUCAUUCCAUCCUAUCCUUAUGACUGUGGGGUGGCUUAUUAUAAUGACGUCCGCAGUGAAUGCGAUCACUCCCGGCGAUUUAGCUACAGAAUGGAUGCCCAUGCGACUUCGGAGCGCCCGUCACUGGGUUCUACAAUUAUUCGCCAUAGUUAUAAUUUUCAUAGGGUUAGUGAUUUUAAUUAACAAAAUAAUAAACAACAAAGAUCAUUUUCAAACACUCCAUGCUAAGUUCGGUCUGGCUGCUCUCGUUUUUAUGACUUUUACCAGCUUCGGAGGCCUGGGUGCUUUGUGCAGUUUGCAACUCAAACAUUACCUGGCUCCGAUCUACACUAAACUGAUCCAUGCUUCUUUCGGCUUACUCACAUUUUGCUUGGGAACCAUAACUAUAAUACUGGGUAAUUUCUCUAAGUGGUGGACCUUCGGGGAGAUUCUGAGGUACACUUGUAUCGUUUUAGUGCUUCUGAUUAUGGUUUUAACAAUUCUACGUCCGAUCCUAAAAGUUUACUUCCGUUUAAAAGAACGCCUCGGCUACUUGAACCGUUAAGCAUGAUCAUAGACCGAGGAAGCUUUCUGCAUAUGAUAGUUACGUAAAUGUAUAGUGGUAGGGUCUGGUCUGUGUCCUUCACAUGUACUUAUGUAUCGUGGAUGAAGUUUCGUAGCAUUUCAUUGAUGUGAUAUAUUUUUAAUGUUUAUUGCUGUUAACACACAACUCCUAGUCCUUUUGAUCUGAACUAAGACUCAAAGACAUCAUUUAUGAAUAGACGAGACUAGUUGGAAUGUGCUUAAGGAAGAAUGUGAAGAAUGUUACUUUUAAUAAUAAAGGAGGAGAUGUUGCUGUAGGAAUCUAUAUUUAUCAGCAAGGAUAUUUGUUGUUCAUUGUUCAAUAUUGUAAAACAAAGAAUAUGAUUGUGGAGUUUGCUUGUUCCUGCUAUGUCUUUAUACAGGGAAUGAAUAUAUUUAUCGGCGGAGGUGGCAUGGCUGCUUUGUUAUGUAUUUUCUUAAUGUUAUCAUUUUAACUAAGCGGUAAUCAUAGAAUUAAGCUGAAGAUGCACAUCACAAGUUUUUCCACAGACGUGUGAACGCUAUCCUUUCUACAUUUUAUUAUAUUCAUUAUCUAUACAAAAUAUGUUUUUUUAAUGAUAUUAUAUUUUGGAUGAUUUAUUUUCUUAAUAUUUGUAUAUUGAUCAAACUCGCUACAUUUGUGCCAAAAAAUUAUAUUUUUAUAUAAAUGUUUUUCUUAUGCUAUUUUAGGUUUUUUUUAAUAUAUAAAAUACAAUGUAGAACAUAAAUUAUAUUUACAAUUUACAUGUUAUGUAUGCUAUAUGUAUAUUCCGAGUAUAUCAACUUGUGUCUACUAGCCUAAAUAUAUUGUUACGUAGCAUA